AUGUCCAUGAGCGCGAACACCAUGAUCUUCAUGAUUCUGGGGGCGUCGAUCGUGAUGGCCAUCGCGUGCUUGAUGGACAUGAACGCGCUGCUGGACCGAUUCCACAACUACAUCCUCCCGCACCUGCGGGGCGAGGACCGCGUCUGCCACUGCAACUGUGGCCGGCACCACAUCCACUACGUGAUCCCAUACGACGGGGACCAGUCGGUGGUGGACGCUUCCGAGAACUACUUCGUGACGGACAACGUCACCAAGCAGGAGAUCGACCUCAUGCUGGGGCUGCUGCUUGGCUUCUGCAUCAGCUGGUUCCUGGUGUGGAUGGACGGCGUCCUGCACUGCGCCGUGCGCGCCUGGAGGGCGGGCAGGCGCUACGACGGCUCGUGGACCUGGCUGCCCAAGCUGUGCAGCCUGCGGGAGCUGGGCCGGCGGCCACACAGGCCCUUCGAAGAGGCGGCGGGGAACAUGGUGCACGUGAAGCAGAAACUCUACCACAACGGCCACCCGAGCCCGCGGCACCUCUGAGCCGCGCAGGACUCGUGGGGCCGCCGGCCACCGCGCCCACCUACACGGGACUGGACGGCCGCCCCGGGCCAGGGCGCCCGCGGCCGCCGGGCGUGUCCAGCGGAAGGUGCUGUCUCCUCUUCUUUUUAUAAAGGGGUCGGGGUGGGGCCGGGGGGGCCGCCGGUCUCAGGGGCCGGGGCGGCGUGCCCGGAGGGGGCGGUUGGGCCACCGGCUCCCUGCGGUCCUGCCUGCGCCCAGCCUGGGACCACGACUGCUACUUCAAACCGGCUGUGCGCCCGUCCGCGCGUCCGGCUCCGGAGCCGGUUCUGCCGGCGGGGAGCGAGGCCGGGAAAGGGUCUUGGCCGGGAAGGGGCCGGAGCCCGGCCGCACCCCACGCCUGCACCCGGGCGUCCGCGGGCCGCAGUGGGGAGCAGGGCAGGGCAGGGGUCUGGGGGAGGCCCCGGCCCAGCAGCAAUAAGGUCCCUGAGCCCCGCUGUGGCGAGUGCGGCCAUCCUGCCCAGGGCAUCCCCGGUCGGGCGCCUCACUGUGACCCCUACCCUUGCUGGUCAGUAAACUCUCCAGAAAGCUCCA